GGGAUCUCAGAUUCACUCAUUGGAACAAUGCCUCCUAAAACUAGUGGCAAAGCUGCGAAGAAGGCUGGGAAAGCCCAGAAAAACAUCACUAAGGGUGACAAGAAGAAGAAGCGUAAGAGGAAGGAGAGUUACGCUAUUUACAUCUACAAGGUAUUGAAGCAGGUGCACCCUGACACUGGUAUUUCCAGUAAAGCGAUGAGCAUCAUGAACAGUUUCGUCAACGAUAUCUUCGAACGUAUUGCUGCCGAAUCUUCUCGUCUCGCGCACUACAACAAGAGAUCGACCAUCACUUCCCGGGAAAUCCAGACUGCCGUCAGACUCUUGCUUCCUGGAGAGUUGGCCAAGCACGCUGUCAGUGAAGGCACCAAGGCUGUCACUAAGUACACCAGCUCUAAGUGAGCAUCGGAUUCGUCCGACUAUCGGUCCUUUUCAGGGCCACUAGUUCUAUCCAAGAUAAGAGAACAAUCUGAAGCUACAAUAAAAUGUCCAGAGCCAAGAUUCGAUACAUGGGUACUUGAAUUGAUUUAUGUUUAAUAUUCCAGCAUUUAUUCAGUUUCGCAAUACUUACAAUGAAUUAGUUACAACUGGAAAACAAUAUUGUAUACCAAAUUAAUUUUAAUUAAUUACAUACUUAACAUCAGA